CACUGACAGUGAUAAUUGAGUCCCAUGCCAUGCAUGCGCAUGAGGUUUGCCGAGUGAACUUUGAGAUGGCGCAUAGAAACAGCUGACAGUGAUGGUCCCCACCUUCUGGUGAGGAGGCAGGAAGCCCUGUCGAUUUGAGAAGCCCCAGGUGAAGGCAGGGCCACUCUCGUAUCCAAUGCAGCUGCUAUUGGCUGGUCCUCAGUCAAUGCUGACAACUCUCAAGAGGUUCACUGCAAACUCGUGUGCUCGACUCACGCAGCCAAACCAGCAAGGUCGUAACCAAGCACUUCAUGCGGGGUUCCUUGUGAAGCAGCUCCACAGUCUCAAAGAGAGGUUCUUUGGACUCACUGGAAAGGGACGCCAGUUUUCUACUUCAGCUCGUCUAAACCUUGGGAAAGCUCUAAUCCUUGAAACUACAGCUGUCAUUGCUUCCCAUCACAGUGUUGCAUCUGCCCUCAAAAAGGAAUCAGCGUCUAUCCCCAAUACGCUGGAGAGCAUGGCCCAACCAUUGGUGCUGUCUGCAAAGACGGAAGAAGAAGAGAGUGCCGCUUAUCAGCUGAUCAGCCAGAAUGCCCUCAGUUUGCCCGAGGGCGUGGUUCUGGAGGGCAUGUACCUGGACCACAAAGGAGGGGCAGCGCAACCAGAGGUGACCCACACAGGCGGCAUUGCUCUGCAGUCCUUCAAUCCAGAGGGGUACUUGCGGCAUCUGAAGGCGCCAACAUUUGGACGCGUCAUCCUGACAGCGCAUCGCCUCCCGUCAACACACAGCCUGCUAUCUCAGAACUUCCAGUCUGUCCCGGAGGGCACUGUCUGUGUUGCUGACAUCCAAACACAAGGCAAAGGGCGCGCGGGCAACAGCUGGGAGUCCCCCCCGGGCUGCCUCAUGUUCUCGUUCACUCUCCUCCACGGGGAUGGCCGCACCCUGCCCCACCUGCAGUACAUCGCCAGCCUCGCGGUGGCCCAGGGGGUGCAGAGACUAGCCGAUGCACACUACCAGGCAGUGGACCUCGGGGUGCGGAUCAAGUGGCCCAACGACCUGUACGCGCGCAAGCAGAAGAUCGGCGGCGUCCUCUGCACCUCGUCCUCCAUGGGAACAACCUUUAAAGUCACUGUGGGCAUUGGGUUGAACGUGUUCAACCGGGAGCCCACGACGUGUCUCCAAGCGAUCCUGGACGACUUGCGGCCGGGGGCAGCGCCCCUGGUCAAGGAGGAGCUGCUGGCAGCAGUCAUGAACCGCUUCGAAGAGCUCCACACCACCUUCAUGUACGCAGGUUUCCGAGGAGUCGAGUACAACUACCUUAACCUCUGGCUUCACAGCGGGCAAAAAGUGGUUAUAAAGGAGGGUGGCGAAAACGGGGAACCAGCGACCGAAACGCCGGUGACAAUAAAGGGCCUUUCUUACAACGGCUUUCUCUUGGCGUCUGACGAGAAGGGCGAACAGUACGAGCUUAGCCCGGACGGGAACAGUUUGGACUUUUUCAACGGCCUCAUCAAACGGAAAAUUCUUUCAGCCGCUGGGUGAAUGGAGUCGGCACUGCACGGGUGCCAUGUCUCAGCUCCAACCGACAGGCGGGAAAGCCCCAAUGCGCCAGCAUUGUAGGGACGGCGCAAGAGAUUCCCAACAGAGCGGACCUUUGGAGACUUCAGUUCUAGAAGAGCACGCAAUUGUCUCGAGAGCAGUUGUCUCAAGAGCAUGUUUGAUACCAGUCAGAAUACAUAGCAGUCGUGACACGCCCGGGUAAAUCCGUGCAUCUCUUUCAGUCAGCACGGCCAUCCACGAGGGCGUUCGGGCAGUUGGUGGGAUGGAGGAUCUGGGACAUGCUUCCAUGCCAGCACGCUGGGCCAUUGCAACAAGCUUCUGGAUGCUUGCUUGGACUAAGUACGUCACUAAAAUUUUCAUAUAUAACCCCUCUCGUCGCUUAACUGUUUCCGUC